AUGAUGAACCCUUUGAAUGCGGCUAAAUAUUAUCAUUAUGAAAAACAACUUUUGAAAGAGAAAAAUGUGAGUUUUAUUCAUUUUUAUAUUUACUUAUGAAAAGAAAUAAAUUAUAAUUUUUAUUGAAAUUGGAUACUUUUUUACGUGCACUAUUUAUUUGACUGGAGUGCUUUACCUAAAAAUAAUCUUGUACUUUGUGUUUUCAAGGAUUCUUGAAUCGGGAAAUUUGUGGCUCUCGGAGUGAAGAAUUCAAGAUUUUUAAUAACUCUAGGUUACAUGAUUUUUAAAAAAUUUGGAAUGCAUGUUUUCAAGAUCCCAAGCUUUUACAAAUGACUUUGAAAAAUAAUCUAAAAAUAGGCUUAAAAUUAUUUCUGGAGACAAUUUUUUGGAAAAUUAGUCCAAAGCACGCGACGUUUUUAGAUUUUUUUUCGAAAUUCUGAAAUUCAGAGAUCUGUUGAAUGUUUUUGAUUAGAUUGUUUUCGAAUAGCUUUAAUUUUGUGGAUCUUUUGAAAAGAAAUUUGGAAAAAAAUCAAAUAACAAAUUUUCAGAAAAUCUUAAACACCAAGUUUCCAAGAAUCCUCCAUAUUUUUCGGCUUCCAAAAACUGUUCAAUAAUUUUUUCCCCAUUCACAUAUUUAAAUUCUAGAUUAUAAGAUCACAUCGGAUUUUUCCUUUCUCUUCAAAAAAUGUUAUUAGUUCAUUGAACUUUUGAUUCCCUAUUUUUAUUUUUCUUUGCAUUGUAUUAGGCCAAAAAAAACUAGGAAAAAUAGAAAAUAAGUCCAAAGUAAUACGACACCAUUAUAAAUAUAAAAAAUAUCUAAAUAAUUCCAACCUCCGCCCAUUUCUCCACUAUUCUUUUCUUUUACUUUCAUUAUUUCUGACUCACAAAAUUUUUAGAACUCUAUUUGAAACAAGAUCAUAAUUCUGAAUUCAUUUAAUUUUCGAAAAAAAGUUAUCCUAACUUAAUUCAGCGAUCAUCCACAUAUUUACUAUCAGCCAGUCAUUUACGAAAUGAUCUUUCAAGAAAUUCAACUUUUUCAACUUAUUACAAUUCGUCAAACUUCAAUGUGAUGGAUUUUUUCGAUUUACGAAAACUUCAAUCCCCAAGGGAUUUUAAUAAUUUUCAUCACGAUGGACGGAUGCAAGUUGUUUCAGGUAACUAAUUACUAGAUGGAAUUUGAACUUUCAAAAUGGUAGUGGCGUAGGCUAUAACUUUUGAUCUGAAGAUCUCGAGUUCGACAUCCACCGCUGCAGAAUUUCUUUUGUGUAGAUGAAAAUUGGAUUUAGAGACUCUUAAAAAUAUCUGGAAAUAUUUCCACACACAAAAAAGAGGGGUUUCCUGUCAACAAACAUAACAAAAGUCGUCGAAGCAUGAUUUUUCUAGCCCACAAAAAAUACGUUUCUAUUUUUGUUGGAAAUGUAUUAUUUGAGAUUGCGCGAAAAAUUGUACAUGAUUCCGAAAUUUAGAAGAACUGAAGUGUCAGGUUGGAACGGGGUUUUGUAGAGGGAAAAUAUAAUGGGUUUUUGGGUCAAAAUUUUUCAGGAGUUAACUCAACUUUGAAAUGAGUUAUGACAUUGCAAACUUAGGAGCUUUUUUCCACGUCAUAAUUCACUCAUACUAUUUUCAGAUUAUUCCCUAAUCGCUCUUCUGCCUGUAAUUCUUGUAGCCGUUCUAAUAUCUGGAAUAUUCUGUGUUUAUCGAUUUCGAAAAUGGAAACAUAAUAGGAAACAGGUUAGCUAUUGACUUUGUGAAAAAAUAACUGUCUAAAAUUCCAGAUCGCUCAACUAACUGAAUUCUACAAUAUAAUCGAAUCAUCGCCUUGUCUUUCAGCCAAACAUCAUUUAGUUCAACAUUGCAAACAACCCGAGGUUUGUACUUGUGACCGGAAUUUGACCAAUUUUUCUGUUUUUGCUACUCAUUUCCUGGUUAUUCAAAAUUAAUAGAGGGUGCAGAUUUUUGGUUUCAAUUAGUUUUUUUCAUGUAUGAUUAUUUAGAUUUGUUGAAAAUUCAAAAAUUUUGAAUUUGUUGAGAAAUACUGAGGUAUUUUCAAUGAAUUUUGCCCAAAAAUUAAAAUUUUCGAAGAUUUCCAAUAAAACAUUGCCCACGUUAUAACCCAAAAAAACUAACCAAGAUUAUUCCAGAAAGCCGAAUGUGAUUUAAUAUCCCGUGCAGUCUCUGUUCCGGCCACUGGUUCCACAUCAUUUUUCCAACCAAUUCCACCAAAAACCACAAAAUCCAUCAAAUGUAGUGGAAAUAUUCUGAAAGCUGUUGAUGCUAGCGAAGUCCUAUUUCAUUUUUCACAAUUUCCGGCGGCCGAAAAAAUAUUGAAAAAACCUGGUGCCAUAGUUCAUCGUGUCUAG